AGAUUAAAACAAUCUGCUUAACUAUUCUGGAGGUCUGGAAACAAGCUGUGUUUGCAACCACAGCAAACAGUCUGAAGAAUAUGCAGAGUUAUUUUGUUGUUACUGGCGAUCAAUCUACAGUACAGGUGCUCUUCUGAGAUUUACUGGCUACAGCCAGCCCCUGCGGGGGUGAAAAGGAGGCACCAUGGGGGCAGGAAGACAGGUCAGACUCCUGCUGUGGAAGAACUGGACCAUCCGCAGGAGGCAAAGGGUACGUUUGUUCAUGGAGAUCUUGUGGCCUGUUAUGCUGUUCAUGGGACUGGUGUGGCUACGAAAAGUAAAUCCACUUUAUCGCCAACAUGAAUGUCAUUUCCCCAAUAAAGCCAUGCCCUCCGCUGGGGUCCUGCCAUGGAUCCAAGGAAUCUUCUGUAAUGCCAACAACCCUUGUUUUCAAUACCCCACCCGUGGUGAAUCUCCUGGCCUGGUGUCCAACUACAACAACUCCAUAUUGGCUCGGUUCUAUUCGGAUGCUCAAGAGCUUCUUUUUAUGGACCCAGAGUUUUUGCAGCUUGGUCGCCUAUGGAGGGAGCUCAAUGCUAUGAGUAACUUCAUGGACACGCUGCGUACUCAUCCUGAAAAAGUCUCAGGUCGAGGGGUAAAAGUGGAGACUAUCCUGAAGGAUGACGAGACUCUGACGUCAUUCCUCCUCAGAGACAUUCCUCUGACCGAGUCUGUAGUGUAUCAUCUAGUUAAUGCCCAAAUCAGGCCUGAACAGUUUGCUUUUGGAGUCCCAGACUUGCAUUUAAAAGACAUUGCGUGCAGCCUCAACUUGCUCGAGCGAUUCCUCAUUUUCCCCAGCCGUCGAGGACUCUACGCAGUUCGCAACGCCAUGUGCAUCCUCACUCCACAGCGACUACAGAUCAUCGAGGACAAAUUCUACGCCAAUGUCGACUUUUUCAAACUUUUCCGGCUGCUUCCUCUUGUACUGGACAAUCACUCAAAAGGCAUCGACAUUCACUUCUGGGUCCGGGUUGUCUCCUCUGCCUCGGACAAACUGAAAGAGUUGUUCCAGAAGAGUAGCUUCAGGGAGCUCAUCCAGGUCGUGACUCCUCUCUUCCAGAAAAAUCUGUCUUUCAGGGAAGUGAUGGCUGCCGCCUCCAGCCUUGUAUGCGGGUACACUGAGGGGGCUUUCUCCCGAGUCACCUCCUUUAACUGGUAUGAAGACAAUAACUACAAAGCCUUCCUGGGUAUCGGCACCGGGUGGGCACAGGACCGUUACACAUAUGAUAACAGCACCACUCCUUUCUGCAAUGACCUGAUGAAAGAGCUGGAGUCCAACCCUGCCACCAGGAUUGUGUGGAACUCUGUGAAGCCCAUGCUGAUGGGACGGAUCCUCUAUGCCCCUGACUCUCCAGCUGUCAGAAAGAUCAUACAAAAUGCUAACACUACCUUUGAGGAGCUGGAGAGGCUGAGGACUAUGGGGAAGGCCUGGGAAGAAGUUGCUCCUCAGAUCUGGGCUUUCUUCCAAGAUGGAGUCCAAGUCAAGAUGAUCCGGGACACCAUCCGUAAUCCUUCUGUGAUGGAUUUCAUCGACCGGAGUCUGGAGAUGGCGCCUUUCUCCUCCAAACACAUCCUCAACUUCCUGCACAGCGGCCCCCCAGAGGAACGCCCAGAUGACGUGCCUGAUUUUGACUGGCGGGACAUCUUCAACCUUACAGACCGGGUGAUUCGGAUGCUUAACCAGUAUGGGGAUUGUGUAAUUCUGGAUAAAUUUGUGGCUCUGCCUGAUGAGGAUACUGUUACGUAUCGGGCGUUAGGCAUGCUGGAGGACAGAAAGUUCUGGGCAGGCCUCGUCUUUGUAAAUAUGUACUCUUGGACUACUAAUCCCCCGCCUCAUGUUAAGUUCAAGAUCCGUAUGGAUAUUGAUGCAGUGGAACGCACCAAUAAGGUCAAAGACAGGUACUGGGAUCCAGGCCCCAGAGCUGAUCCUAUGGAUGACCUCCGUUACGUUUGGGGUGGCUUCGCUUACCUGCAGGACAUAAUAGAGCAUGCCAUCAUCAAGACACAGACAGGAAAGGAGCGGCCGCUGGGUGUUUACCUACAGCAGAUGCCCUACCCUUGUUACGUGGAUGAUCUCUUCAUGCUGACUCUCAAUCGCUGUUUCCCCAUCUUCAUGGUUCUGGCCUGGGUCUACUCUGUGUCCAUGAUUGCAAAGAGCAUUGUUCUGGAGAAGGAACUGCGGUUGAAGGAGACCCUUAAGGCCAUAGGGGUCACCAACGGUGUCAUUUGGUCCACCUGGUUUAUUGACAGCUUUAUUGUGAUGGGCACUAGCACAGCUCUUCUUACGGCCAUCAUCAUGGGAGGCAGGGUGUUGAACUACAGCAACCCGAUCAUCCUCUUCCUGUUUCUGCUCACCUUCACCACGGCCACCAUCAUGCAGUGCUUCCUUCUCAGCGUCUUCUUCAACCAGGCAAACUUGGCAGCUGCUUGCUGUGGUAUUAUUUACUUCACCCUUUACCUUCCGCACAUUUUUUGCUUCGCCUGGCAAGACCGCAUCACCAAAGACAUGAAGCUCCUGGUGAGUCUACUAUCUCAAGUGGCAUUUGGGUUCGGGACAGAGUAUUUGUCAAGGUAUGAGGAGCAGGGUCUGGGUCUUCAGUGGGAUAACAUCCAGACAAGCCCGCUGGAGGGGGAUGAGUUCUCCUUCCUCACUUCCAUCUGCAUGAUGGGCCUGGACACAGUCCUCUAUGGAGUUCUGGCGUGGUACCUGGACAAUGUAUUCCCUGGACAGUAUGGAAUUGGCCGCCCAUUUUACUUCCCCUUUCUGCCCUGUUAUUGGCUCAACACUGUGGCUCCAGCUUCAGGCAACACCAGAAUGGAGUUGGAUAAAAAAGGCUUUGAUAAUCUUGCAAACAAAGAGCAAGGAGAGCAAACAAAAGAAAAAGACGGAAUCCAUGAUCAGGAGAAUAGCCCAGAAAAAACCAAGGGUAUAGAGGAUCCACCUUCCUGUGAGCAUCACGACCAGCGUGAGAGGCUGGGGAAGGAGAACGAGCCCGAGAAGAACCAGGAGAAAGACGAGCCUUACUUUGAGGCAGAGCCAGAUGAUCUAGUAAAGGGUGUCUGCAUCAAGGACCUGGUCAAGAUGUUCGGUAGUUGCUUCAGACCGGCUGUGGACGGCCUCUCCAUCAGUUUCUAUGAGAGCCAGAUUACUGCCCUUCUGGGGCACAAUGGAGCUGGAAAGACCACCACUAUGUCUGUCUUGACUGGUAUGUAUCCUCCCACCUCAGGGACAGCCACCAUUUAUGGGAAAGACAUCCGCACGGACAUGGACACUAUCCGACAGUCUCUGGGAAUGUGUCCUCAACACAACGUCCUUUUUCAGUAUAUGACUGUGGCAGAGCACAUCCUCUUCUACUCUCUGCUGAAAGGCCGUCCAAUAGCAGAGGCUGAGGAGGAGGUGGAGAACAUGCUGCAGGAUCUGGGUCUUCCUCACAAGAGAGAUGUACUGACCCAGAACCUUUCAGGGGGCAUGCAGAGGAAGCUGUCUGUUGCUCUGGCUUUUGUUGGCGGGGCCAAGGUGGUGAUCCUGGACGAGCCCACAUCUGGGGUGGAUCCCUACUCCAGACGUUCUAUCUGGGACCUGCUACUCAAAUACCGUGCAGGGCGCACAGUGAUCAUGUCCACCCAUCACAUGGAUGAGGCUGACCUGCUGAGCGACCGCGUGGCUAUCAUUUCUCAGGGUCGCCUCUACUGCUGCGGUUCCCCAAUCUUCUUAAAGAACUGUUUUGGUGCUGGAUUCUACCUCACUCUUGUACGCCGCAUGAAGCAUAACACUCUCAAGCCUAGCUGUGACUGCACAGAGGAUUGCUCGUGUGUGUGCUCGAAAUGUUCGACAUUUAAAGCGAACCGGGAGGAGAGUCACACCCCUGACAGACAGAUGGAUGGUAACAUGGAAAGCAUCACAGCCUUGGUCCAUCAUCAUGUGCCCCAGGCCCGUCUGAUCGAGGCUAUUGGCCAGGAGCUCACCUUUCUUCUGCCCAAUCGUAACUUCCAGCCCAGGGCUUAUGCUAGCCUCUUCAGGGAGUUGGAGGAAACUCUCUUGGACAUCGGCCUCAGCAGCUUUGGAGUGUCUGACACGUCUCUGGAGGAGAUCUUUCUGAAGGUCACUGCAGAUGGGAAUGCAACCAAGAGGAAAUGUUUUCAAGACAACAAAUCAUGGCAACAGAUUUCUCGAGCUAGUCUCUGUGGAUUCAACAGAGUCGCUGUUGAUAUGGAACCGCUAAAAGAGUCCAAUGGCCAGAGUACAUGUGACACCUCAGAAGGCAGUGCAGGCAGAGGAUCUUACCAGGUCAGAGGCCUCUGUCUGACCACCAAACAAUUCUUUGCUCUGGUAAUCAAGAGGUUGCAUCAUGCCACACGCUCUUACAAAGACUUCAUUGCCCAGAUUGUCCUGCCUGCCAGUUUUGUUUUCCUGGCAUUGACAUUCACUCUGAUCGUUCCACCUUUUGGAGAGUAUCCGAGCCUGACCCUCAGCCCAUGGAUGUAUGGACAACAAUACACCUUCUUCAGUAAUGAGCGCCCUCCAGAUGCUCAGAUGAGGUACUUCGGUGAGGUGUUGUUGGACAAGCCCGGCUUUGGGACUCGGUGCAUGGCGGAUGAACCGCUGGAAGAUUUCCCAUGUAACAACAUCACCACAGAAUGGGAGAUGCCCUUGGUCAACCCUGCCCUCAUAGAAAUGCUGGCUGGCACAGAGUGGAGCUCCCUGAGACCGUCUCCACAAUGCCAGUGCAGCACACCUACAAAACUCACCAUGCUUCCUGUGUGUCCUGAUGGAGCUGGAGGGCUGCCACCUCCACAGAGGAUCCAGUCAACAGGAGAUGUCCUCAUGGACCUAACAGGCAGGAAUAUUUCAGACUACCUGGUGAAAACCUACCCCAGAAUCAUCAGAACCAGCUUGAAAAGCAAAUACUGGGUGAAUGAACAAAGGUACGGGGGUAUAUCAGUGGGAGCACAGCUCCCUGUUUUAGGGGUGGAGCCAAAGACCAUCCAGGAUGUAGCAGGUCAGCUGGGACGACUGCUCAAUGUAACAGGGGGAAAAUAUUCAAAACAAACUCUAAACGACAUAGGGACGUUCUUUAGGUACAUGGAGACUGAAAACAAUGUCAAGGUGUGGUAUAACAAUAAGGGCUGGCAUGCCAUGGUAUCUUUUAUGAACGUGGCCAACAAUGCAAUCCUCCGUGCAAACCUGCCCAGAGAAGCUAACCUUGCUGAAUAUGGAAUGACUGCCAUCAACCAUCCUCUAAACCUCACCAAAGAACAGCUCUCUGAGAUCACUGUUCUGACCACUUCAGUGGAUGCAGUGGUGGCCAUUUGUGUCAUCUUUGCCAUGUCCUUUGUCCCAGCCAGCUUUGUCCUCUAUCUCAUCCAGGAGAGGGUCACUCAGGCCAAACACCUGCAGUUUGUCAGUGGUGUCAGUCCACUGGUGUACUGGAUGGCCAACUUUCUGUGGGACAUGGUUAAUUAUUCCAUCAGUGCAGCAAUGGUGGUGGAAAUUUUCAUCUUUUUCGACAGGAAGUGCUACACCUCACCAACAAACCUCCAACCAUUAAUUGCUCUGCUUAUGCUUUACGGCUGGUCUGUGACACCCAUGAUGUACCCCAUGUCAUACGUGUUCAGUGUCCCGAGCACAGCCUACGUCUCUUUGUCAUGUAUCAACCUCUUCAUUGGCAUCAACAGCAGUGCCAUUACCUUCAUCCUGGACCUGUUUGAGAGCAACACGGCUCUGUAUGGGUUCAACCAGCUGUUGAAGAGCGUGAUGCUGAUGUUCCCCCAUUACUGCCUGGGCCGAGGUCUCAUAGACAUGGCUAUGAACCAAGCUAUAAGUGAUGUCUAUGCCCGCUUUGGUGAGGACUACAGUCCAGAUCCCUAUAACUGGGAUUUUAUUGGGAAGAACCUGUUCUGCAUGGGUGUUGAGGGAUUUGUCUAUUUCAUCAUUAAUAUUCUCUUCCAGUAUCGCUUCUUCCUGAAUAACUGGAUACCCAAUUGCCCAAAGCCUCACAUUUUGGAUGAAGACGUGGAUGUUGGAGAGGAAAGACAGCGAAUUUAUCAGAGUGGAAAAUCAAAUGACAUUUUACAUGUGAGAGACUUGUCCAAGACUUACACAGGAACAAUUAUCCCUGCAGUAGACCGAAUCUGUGUCGGAGUAUCACCUGGAGAGUGCUUCGGUCUCCUGGGGGUAAAUGGAGCUGGGAAAACCACAACCUUUAAGAUGUUGACUGGAGACAUUAAUGUCACCUCAGGAGAAGCCUCGGUUGCAGGUUACAGCAUUUUGACCAAUAUCCUGGAUGUCCAUCAGAACAUGGGUUACUGCCCUCAGUUUGAUGCCAUAGAUGAGCUGCUGACAGGCAGAGAACACCUACACCUCUACGCCCGCCUUCGUGGAGUGCCAGAGUCUGAGAUCAGCAGGGUUGCAGAGUGGGCCAUCCAGAAGCUGGGUCUCUCAGAAUAUGCAGGUCACAGUGCAGGGACCUACAGCGGAGGUAACAGGAGGAAACUCUCCACAGCCAUUGCAAUGAUUGGCUGUCCUGCUCUGGUGCUGCUGGAUGAGCCUACUACAGGUAUGGACCCUCUCUCCAGACGUUUUCUGUGGAACUCCAUCAUGAGUGUUAUUCAGGACAAAAGAGCCGUGGUCCUCACGUCACACAGUAUGGAGGAAUGUGAGGCACUGUGUACGCGCUUGGCCAUUAUGGUUAAUGGAUCCUUCAAGUGUUUGGGAACUAUUCAGCAUCUCAAAUACAAAUUUGGCGAUGGCUACGUGGUCACCAUGAAGAUCAGGGCGUCUAAGCCCGGUUGUGCCCCAGACUUGAACCCUGCUGAAGCGUUCAUGGAAAGCACCUUCCCUGGCUGCAUCCAGAGAGAGAAACACUACAACACUCUACAGUACAAGAUCUCCUCAUCCUCCCUGGCUAGGAUCUUUCAGAUGGUCCUGGCUAAUAAGGAGAAACUCAAAAUAGAGGACUACUCAGUGUCACAAACCACUCUCGACCAGGUGUUUGUGAAUUUUGCCAAACAGCAGUCAAGAGAGGAUGAAAGUAUUGUAUUGCAUCCAAAAGCUGCUGGAGCCCAGCGAUAUAUUGAUACCACACCCAUCAAGUCUUUGGGGAGGUGAACUUAAUUUAAUGAGCUCAGCUGGAAGAGAGCUGAUCAUUUUUUAUGUCAUUGGCAGCCAGUGUUCAAAGUCCUAUUGAUGUGUGUACUUUGAGGGGACUGAAAGCUAGUAGGCAUAAUUGGGCCACCUUUUGAUUUGAGACAGUCUGCAGAAAAAUCCCUCCCAACCCAACAGACACCAGUGACAGGCGCAUCAUUUUUUGGAUGUCAACAGAGGAUGAACUUUUGGUUUCCAACUUUUGCGGAAAAGAAGUCCUUUGUGUUUUAAAUCCACGUUUGAUGGAGUCUUUUGAACGUUGCAGUCGAUCUGUUGCAUCUUCUAACCUCACAGCGCAGCCUGUGAAGAAGUCAAUCCCUUAAACUGAUUUCACUCGUGGCAAAAGUGCAUGCUGCUCGAUUUUGCUUCUCCGGUAAACAAUGUUAGCGGGCUUUGACUUUUUGGACACUGUGGAGCAUUUCUGUGCCUGCCUGCUAUUUGUUCCACAUUCUGCUCACCUUUUAGGCCUUUAACUGAUGAAAUAUGAAAAAAAACAACCUUCAAUGUCGGUGUGUAAAGAAAGCAUAGAUUGUUUAUAUAUAUAUAUUUUUGCUUCAGAUGCCAAGCAAGAUUCACUUUCACUGCCUUCUUUAGAUAUGUGGAGUAAGGGCUCAGAGAGGCAAAGGCUUAGCACCCUAUUGAUGCAGUAUUACUUGAAGCAUCACGAGAUUUAUUGGUGAUCUGUGCAAUACAGCUCAUAAUCAUUACAAAAUCCUUCUUGCACUGUUAAAUACAUUUCAUUAAUAUGAUCUCUUUAUGCCAUUAAUUUUUAAUUUUUGCGCUUUGUCCUCAUGAUUUGUUUGCAGCACCUAGUGUCAUUAGAAGAUGAUGGCGUGUUUCUGUGAGGCAGAGUAUAAUAAAUAAUAAAGUGUGUUUUCUUUAA